AGUUCAUGAUUCACCCGACAAACAUGUUGAUGCCACUGUGAUUGAUCACAUCUUUCCAGAAUUGUGGAUUAAUUCCUUUGUCGCCUUUUGCCCAGUUACACAAUACAAUUACGAAGAUAUUCAUAACUACAUAAAUAAUCCAGCUUUCCAGGAAUUGAUCAUGCGCAGUUGCACAAUUAAUCUGUCAGAUUCAUACACAUUUUGCAAUAUAAAAGCGCCACCACAGCCACACCUUGACACAAGUAUUCACAAACCACACAACUACUAAAUACAUAGCAACUACUUAUAAAAUUCAAAAAUUCAAAUAACUUUCAAAAAUAUAAUAAAAAAAAUAUUUUGACUUUUUUUUAAAAAUGGGCCACCCUAAAAAAAUCCUGGCCUCCUUCCUCCUCAUUCUUUCCUUUUCGUCAUAUUUCUCCCCCACCUCCUCCGCUGAUUGUUCCCUCCUUUACGCCACCUUGUGCCGCGCCCGCCUUCCCGCCCACACGCAGGCCCCCCUCGUCUCCUACGACGGGGCCGACUCAAUCUACAUAUUCGGCGGGGCCCGCUGGUAUCUCUCCGGGUGGGAAGUUUACUCUAACGAAAUAUUGAAAUACACAAUUUCCACCGACUCCAUCGCACUGGUCGCCCACCUCCCGAAAGGCCUUUAUCUUGGCACCGUUACGGCCGACGGGCUCGGAAACUAUUUCUAUUUCGGCGGGGCCGCGCCUAACAUGGAAGAUUCGAAAUCCGUUUACAAAUUCGACUCCAACACCGGACAGGUCACCGAAGUCGCCAUAAUUCGGCAUGACCUUCAAUACAGCGCGUCAUUCUUGUACAACUCCUCCGUUUCGUACAUCCAGGCGGGAAAUUUAUUUCAAAAUGGAGUAAUCCGUUUUGACCACGCGACAAACACGUGGACCAGGUUGACCGAUCUCCCGACAAAAUUUCGUACCGCGGCCGCAUUUUGGGACAAAAAUGCUGAGCGGGCGUACAUUUUCGGGCAGGGAAAUGCCGCCGUGAACCCGCCCUAUGACCACGUGGUUUACUCCCCUGGUCCAGAUAUCGGGGCAAUUUCGAACUUGCAAAUCCCCGACGAUUUCGUCCAGAUGAUGUCCGCCACCAAUGAUGAGCGGGAGGGCUUCAUUGUGGGAGGAUUUCAUCCAACCGAUUCCAUUUAUUGGUACCAGUUACCCUUCGAUGUGGGAGAGUAUUGCCCCGUGGCGGGACUUCCGGGCGGGGGCGACGUCCUCUUUUCCAGAACGGGCGCCGCAUUUGUGCCGAAGAUGAGACGUGUUUACGUAUUUGGCGGGGGGAGUCAAAACUUGACGAGUUAUUUGGAUAAGACGCAUGAUGAAAUUUGGGGGUUGCCACUUCUAAAGAUGAUUCAUCGGGUCGACUGAACGAUGAAAAUGUUGAUGCCAAUGAGCCUGUUCGCGAUAAAAGUGAAAGGGCUGAGGUUUGUGCACCAACCCCAUCCUUAGCGAUGGUUUCAUUGGAAACUUCAGCGAAUAAAGCCGUUGAGAAUCAAGCCGUUGAUGUCGCGGAUCCUAGUUGUUGGCCUCAAAUUCUGCCGAAAAGGAUUCGAGAUCAAAUCGUGCUGUCUCCGAUUAAGAUGGAACCCCAUCAAUGGCCACAAAUUCUCAGCGAAGUCUUUUGGUGGCACGAAGAAGAAUGGUGAAACGUACUACGGGACUGGUUAAAACUUCUUUGGAUCAACUAACAGCGCUUUGUCUACCGUGAUGCAUAGAUCGGAUAUUUUGCGUACUCCGGCCUCCGGCCGGCCAUGCGUACUCCGGUCUCCGCGUACUCCGGCCUCCGGAGGCCGGAGUAUGUACUCCAAGCCCGGAAUUCUCCGAUCUAUGC